AUGGUUCUCAUAGGCACCAACAACUCUACUACCAACAUCCUGGCUGAAUUCAUGAUAUUGAUCAAUAAAUGGAAUCUGAUCAAUAUUGAUCAAAUUGGUGGUUAUGAACUUGUCCAAUUUGGGUAUGCGAACGUAUUCGUAGUUCUGAUCAAUCUGCUUCACCAGCAUCUCCUUGGUGCCAGAAUGAGUGGCCUGAAUAUCAGUGCUUCCUUCACACAUUUUAGUUAA